UCUUGCUUCUAGUGUUCUGGGACAGAUCAGACCAUUUGUAAACAUGCCUGAAACAAAUAUUGACCAUCUCGACGAGCAACAGGUUCAACUUCUGGCAGAGAUGUGCAUCCUUAUCGAUGAAAAUGACAAUAAAAUUGGGGCUGAGACCAAGAAAAAUUGUCACCUGAAUGAGAACAUUGAGAAAGGAUUAUUACAUCGGGCUUUCAGUGUCUUCUUAUUCAACACUGAAAAUAAGCUCCUGCUACAGCAGAGAUCAGAUGCUAAGAUUACCUUUCCAGGUUGUUUUACCAAUACUUGCUGUAGUCAUCCACUGAAUAACCCGGGCGAGGUUGAGGAGCACAAUGCCCUUGGAGUGAGGCGAGCUGCGCAGAGGCGUCUGAAAGCUGAGUUAGGAAUUCCCAUGGAAGAGGUUCCUCCAGAAGAAAUUAAUUAUCUCACACGAAUUCACUACAAGGCUCAAUCUGAUGGUAUCUGGGGUGAACAUGAAAUUGAUUAUAUUUUGCUUGUGAGAAAAAAUGUUACUUUGAAUCCAGAUCCCAAUGAGAUUAAAAGCUAUUGUUAUGUGUCAAAGGAAGAACUGGAAGAACUUCUGAAAAAAGCAGCCAUUGGUGAAAUUAAGAUAACACCAUGGUUUCAAAUUAUUGUAGAGACUUUUCUCUUUAAAUGGUGGGAUAACUUAAAUCAUUUGAAUCAGUUUGUUGACCAUGAGAAAAUACAUAGAAUGUGAAUAUGGAGGUGAAUGAUUACUGAAAAAUUUCUCUACUUAAUAAAAUUAGAGUGAUUUUUUUUCUCUUUUAAAUUUGGUUUUCUAUUAUCAGUGUAUCAUAUCAUACAUUGAUAUUUUACAGCUUGUGUGGAAAAAAUAACUAACAUAAUCUUGUGUCAUACACUGGAUAUAUGCUCUGUUUUUAAAAGACAUUUGUGAGAGAUUGUUGUAAAAUGAGAGCAAGUUAAAAUUAAUUUAACCUUUUCA